GCGGAGGCGCCCUAUGGGGAACACGCUGACCUGUUGCGUGUCCCCCAAUGCCAGCCCCAAGCUGGGCCGGCGCACGGGGCCGGCAGAGCCGGACUACGAGUCGGAGGUCUAUGAGGCGGCGGCCGGGGACGCGGUGGCGGUAGCGGCUGCGCCGGCCCCGGCUGCCGUGGAGCCCGCCGAGUUGGAUCUCGGAGCGGGCGAGGGCCACCACCUGCAGCACAUCAGUGACCGGGAGAUGCCCGAAGAUUUAGCUUUUGAAUCAAACCCUUCUGACCACCCAAGGGCAAGCACAAUUUUCCUGAGCAAAUCUCAGACGGAUGUGCGAGAAAAGAGGAAGAGCAACCAUUUAAACCAUGUAUCUCCAGGGCAGCUUACUAAAAAGUAUAGCUCAUGCUCAACAAUAUUUCUAGAUGACAGCACAGUCAGCCAGCCUAAUCUUAGAACCACAAUAAAAUGUGUGACCUUAGCAAUAUAUUACCACAUAAAGAACAGAGAUGCAAAUAGAUCCUUGGAUAUUUUUGAUGAGAGAUCACAUCCACUCACACGAGAAAAGGUUCCGGAGGAAUACUUUCAACAUGAUCCUGAACACAAAUUUAUUUACAGAUUUGUCCGUACUCUUUUCAGCGCUGCACAGCUAACAGCUGAAUGUGCAAUAGUAACUUUGGUUUACUUAGAAAGGCUUUUAACUUAUGCUGAGAUCGACAUUUGUCCCACUAACUGGAAAAGAAUUGUUUUGGGAGCCAUUCUUCUUGCCUCCAAGGUUUGGGACGAUCAGGCUGUAUGGAAUGUGGACUACUGCCAGAUCCUCAAGGACAUUACAGUUGAGGACAUGAAUGAAAUGGAAAGGCAUUUUUUGGAGCUACUUCAGUUUAAUAUUAAUGUUCCUGCUAGUGUUUAUGCCAAAUACUACUUUGACCUUCGCUCCUUGGCAGAUGACAACAACCUGAGUUUUCUCUUUGCACCUCUUAGCAAAGAAAGAGCACAGAACCUAGAGGCCAUUUCCAGAUUGUGUGAAGACAAAUACAAAGACUUGUGCAGAGCUGCUAUGAGAAGGUCUUUCAGUGCUGAUAAUUUCAUUGGUAUUCAGCGCUCUAAUGCUAUCCUUUCUUAAGGGGAGACAUGAGGGGUUGUAACAUCAUGAACCCCUCAUCUACAAAGACUGGAGAAAUAUCACCCCUCCUGCUCAAAAACCAGCAAACUUAGUAUUUUCAGCUAAAGGAAGGACAGCGAAUUCAAGAGACUCACGGACAGCAAGGAUUACAUGUCAUAGGAAAGAAUGGGACCUUGUCAGUGCAACACACUCUUCUGUCCUUUUUAAUAUAAACGGAGUUACAAAAACCACUUCAAAGUGAAAGCUCACAGAUAUUUGCUUACUGUGUAGGCUGAUAGCUGUGAACUGAGGUUUUUUAAUUAAUAGUCUAAAUUUUUAGACUUUAAAGACACUAAUGAUAUAACUUUUAUGUUUUCCUAUUUUUCCUGUCACCCUCUCACCCCCCAAAUAUUGCUGCAUAUGCCUUUAGAAUCAAUGCAGUAUUACUAUUAAAACAUGGGACUCUUAACAACUCAAAAAGCCACUUAGAAGCAGAGACUGUAGCAUGGUUAGGCAUUGAAGGGUUCUUCCUACUAUAUCAGUGAAGCUGCUAGUCAUUAUUAGCAAUCAGUUUAAACCAAAAAGCUGCUGGAUAACACUGUCAUUCAAAUUCUUUGCAAGCACUAAUUAAUGUUUCAGCAUGUUUGGGAUCAUAAACUUGGAAAGUAUUAGUUACUGAUUAUCUACUUCUGUUGGGUCCAUGCUGCGUUUCUUGUGAACUAUAAUGGUGCUUCUCAUUUUCUGAUAAUUUUCCUCUUACUUGUUAAAUAAAUGUGUUAAAAGAUAUUUUAGUUAUUCCAGCCAACAUGGUGGUCCAGUGAUAACAAGCAGGUAAUGAAAUACAAGGUGUCCUGAAAGCCUUAGUGCAAUUUUCAGCUUUAAUAAAGUGCACUUCAGAGCCCCAGUGCACUGCAGCAGAAGUAUAAACGCUAUCACACUUUUAAAAACUCGUUUGGAAGUUUAAGUUUCUCUUAUACUUAUUUUGUGAAUUUUAAGUACGCUUUUAAUUUUAAUUUUUUUUCAGCCCCUCUUGAAGAUGACAAACAUUAACUGAAACAAAGAAUUAAAAUUAAAAGCUUAAAUUUUCAAAAUUUACAAAACUAAGUUUAAAAGAAACUUAAACUUUCGGAUGAUGUUUUGUAAGUUUGUAGCAUUUAUACUUCCACAGGUAUCAAAGCUUCAAAUCACUAAGACUUUUGGGACACCCUGCAUCUCCAUAGGCGUGCCCUCCUCUUUACUUUUUUAAAUAGUUUUUUGCAGGGCUGUGAACUGUUUAUCUGCUUUGACCACCUAAGUUUCUCUUCUCUACAUUUGGUAAAGGAAGAUUAUGAAGAGCAGUGUAACUCACAUCUAAUAAAAGAAAUUGAACCCUAAUAGUGAUGGAUGAUAUGAAACAACUUUGUUAUCCGACAUGGUAACCUACGUGUAGUUGUCCCAUUGCAAGUCUUGUUAUUUAAACAAGGAACUUACACAAACUUAGGAACCCUAACUUCAGGCUUUAAAGGGCGGGGAGUAAGAAUUUUAGGAGAUGGAUACAAAGUCACCUAAAUUUGAAAUAGUUUAAAAAAAAAAAAGAAUUGUUCUCUAAAAUCUAUUUCUCCUACCUUCUCAAAUGUACAUCCUAGGAAUUUUGCCUGUAUACAAAUCAUUUAUGGGCCAGGAAUACUUUCUCUUGUCAUAGCAAAACUUCACAUUAUAUUGAGUGCUGCAGGUUCCGUCACUUAUAAAGGACAGAGGCAUAAGUGAUAAAUAAUGGUAUAUAAAAUAUUACAAUCUACCACCUCAAAAACAUUGCUUAUGGAAUUUGGAGCUUGGAGACUUAAGUAUUGAUUGCAGUUUUAGUUUGAAAAGAAUGCUACAACUUACGUGGUUUUUCUUUCUCAUGUUUGUAUUAAAAGAAAAGCUAAUAAAACUCUAUUUUAAUUAAAAUAUGGCUAGUGUGUUUGUAACAUUUUGCUCUGUUCACGCAGCAUUACGUCUCUGCCUAACGCAGUUGUUUUCAUUCAGUCCUAGUAGGUUUUAAAGCAUUUCCAAAGCUCUGACCAUCAGAAGUUGGUUUGACCCAUUCCUGUAGUUAAGAUGUAGUCACUUUUUUUUUUUUGCUCUUUUCAACUAGAUUAUAGUUUAUAACACAAUCAUUGGCAACUGUACUGUAACAAAGUUCUAUAAAUAGAAGUUAAGAGUAAUGCUGACAUUUCUGUGUAAGUUAAGCCUUUUAAAUAGAUGUCGUUUUAGUGGAAUUUCAAUAUGGAAUAGCAUUAAGUUAGUGGCAUAGUGGAUUAGAUAGCAUCUUUGAAUUGUGCCUGAGAGGGAAAAGCACAUCAGAGGAGAGAAUUAAGCAAAAUGUACCGAAGUAGAAGGAAUUACAGGAAUAGAAUCAGAACAUGAGGUAUUUGUGGUUUCCAACAAGUUAAAGAGGAAAGAAAAUGGAAGAACAGAAACUAGAAUUGGGCUUGCUGUAAAGAGGGUGACUUGAUGUAAGCCAUAGCCCU